AUGAGUCCGGAGGAGGUUCAGCGUGAACAAGACGCUCUGGAUAAUAUCACGAGAUGGGCAAGCGAUCAAAUCGUCGAGAUCUUCCCUCAUCAGCACAGAAGCCUUGCCAUGUCGUCGAUCUCUCAGCUCAAUGGAAUUGAUAACGGCGCGCCCACCUCCCCUCACCAAGAUAUUCUCCUAUCCCUGAUCCCCGGUGACAAGUCUAAAAGAUCGAUCCGGAUCUAUCCUGCCUCGCGGCCCUCUUCAAAGGACGCCAAUUCUUUGCGAAGCAAGACUUCCUUCGGAGGACUCAAUAGCAUGACGGGUAGCAAAGAUUCGCCCGUGCUUGUCACUCUCGAUGUGAACUUGCCUUGA